UUCAGCACAACCCAUGAAUUUCUCUUUGGAGCACUUGCAGAACUGGUAGACAAUGCAAGGGAUGCUAAUGCAACCAAGCUGAGCAUAUUCACUUUGUUUGAUGAAACUCUUCGAGGAGGGUAUAUGUUGUGUUUCCUUGACGAUGGAGAGGGAAUGGAUCCAAGUGAAACGUCUGACAUUAUAACAUUUGGCCGUUCAAACAAGCGUAAUCUGGAUGAUCAUUUGAUUGGCAUGUAUGGGAAUGGUCUAAAAUCUGGCUCCAUGAGGAUAGGUAAUGAUAUGAUGAUAUUUACAAAAAAGAACUCUACACAGACCUGUCUGUUCCUGUCUAGAACGUUUCAUACAGAGGAGAAAAUAGAAGAGGUGAUUGUUCCCCUACCCUCGUUUAAAGCAGAUACUAGAGACCCUUUAGAUGACAGUGAGAUGGGUCAGGAAAGGUUUGCCAUGGAGAUGGAUGUUAUUCUGCGAUAUUCACCUUUCAAAACUGAUGAUGAUUUUUUUGCGCAGUUUGAUCGUAUAGAGGGUGAUUCUGGUACUCUAGUCAUGGUGUACAAUAUGAAACUGCUAGACAAUGGUGACCCAGAGUUGGAUAUACUUACAGACCCACAGGACAUCAUACUGACAAAUCCAGAGUCAGAUUUUGACUCAGAUGAUGGGUUAAUGGCCGAAAGGAAGUCUUUCAGAUCAUAUGUGGCUGUGUUGUAUAUGGACCCUAGAAUGAAAGUUUAUAUUCAAGGGAAAAAAGUGCGAACUAGAAAACUUACCUCGUGUUUAUAUAAACCUAAACUCUAUAAAUACACAUCAAAUAGAUUUAAGUCUAGAGCAGAAACCGAAGCUAAGAAAGCCUUAGAAGAAGCCAAAGCAGCUGAAUUAAGAGCCAAAGAGGCACAAAGUAGAGCAAAGGAUUUGGAAGGUAGAACCAAAAGCCUGUCAAAAGCACAAUUAGCAGAGCUACGGAAAACUCAACAUGAAGCUGCUGAGAUGAAGAGAGAGGCCCAGCUGAGGAGAGAUAGUGCUAACCGAAAACAAAAAGCUUUAAAGGAACCAAAAACGUUGAACUUGAUAUUUGGUAUCAAUAUAGACCAGAGGUCCCAUGAUGGUGUAUUUGUGUAUAACUGUAGUCGUCUCAUCAAAAUGUAUGAAAAAGUUGGACCACAAGUAGACGGUGGAGUAUUUUGUAGUGGAGUUGUGGGUAUAGUAAAUGUGCCGUACUAUGUGCUAGAACCGACACACAACAAGCAGGACUUUGCUGAUGCAAAAGAGUACAGACAUCUUAUGAAAGCAAUGGGUGAACAUAUGGUACAGUACUGGAAGGAUCUCAAUAUAGCUCAGCAAGGGGUCUUGAAGUUUUGGGAGAACUUUGGGUAUGUAAGCCAGAGAUGGAAGGAUCCUCCCUAUGACCCAAAAUAUUUUAGGAAACCAAUGCAAAUAAAAACCUUGCAAUGUGAUUCAUGUCUGAAGUGGAGAUCAUUGCCAUUCUCGUCAAGUAAUGUGGGGAAAGAGUUCAGUGAUGAAUGGUGCUGUUCAGAAAACAGUGAUACACAACAUAACAGAUGUCAAGCCCCAGAACAGAAACAGAAUAUCCCAGAAGGUGUUUUAAAGAAAGAGGGCAAGUCACAGGAAGAAAAACAGAGAGAUCUUGAGGCAGACAUCAAAAAGAAAAUGAAAUUACUUGAACAAAUGCAUAAAAACCGUGUAGUGAGCUCCUCGCGAGAGGCGCAAGAGAUGGAUAGAAAGAAAGAUGCAGAGGAAAAGAGAAGGCAGGAGGAAGAAGAAGCAGAGAGAGAAGAGCAAAGAAAGAAACAGGAAGUAGAAGAACGACAGAGAAGAAAAUUGGAAGAAGAAAAGAGAAAACAUAAAGAACAGGAAGAGAAAAGAAAAAGAAAGGAACAAGAAGCAAAACAAAAGCAAAAGGAAAAAGAGGCAGAAGAAAGGCGAAAAAGACGAGAGGCUGAAGAGCGGGAACGACAGAGGAGACAAGAGCAGGAAGAAAAAAGAAAACAGAAAGAAGCAGAUGAGAAGAGGAAAAAGAAAGAACAAGAAGAAAAACAAAGACAAAAAGAAGAAGCAGUCAAAAAGAAAGCAGCAGAAGUUAAAAAGGCAUCCCAGAAGCGCCGAGCGCCAGUCUCAUCACAAAAUGAUGAUGAGGAAUCUGAGGAGGAAGAAUCACCAGUUAAACGUACCAGAAACUCACGAGGAGGUAAACAAGAGGCUGUGGAGUCUGACUCUGAGGAAGCAUCACCACGAAGGGGCAGAAGUUCUGUUAAACCAUCUGCAAAGGCAGAACUCAAUGGAUCGACAAAAAGUAGACAGAGCAAGUCACCAGUUAAAGUGGAAUCUGAAAUGGAAGAUGAUGAUACAGGAUUCGACAAUGAUGUAGAGAUGGAUGAUGUGUCUGCAUCAGAUGCGAAUAGUCAUAGUGAUAUAGGAAAAAGAGUUGAAAUCCAGGUGAACAAGAAAUGGACAGUAGGCACUGUGGUUAAAGUAAACAGCAAAGAUUGCAAAUGGUUGGUCAAGUUUGAUAACAACAAAAGAGACAGAAAUGAUAAAUGGUUUGAUAAAAAUGCGCCAACUGUAAGACUGUUUAAAGAAGAUAAGAUUAAAUCUCCGAUUCAAGGACCACAGUCUCCAACAUCAGUAUCAUCACAAGACACUGGGGCCGAGGCACCUUCUUCUUCAACAGGAAGUGGCCAACAGGCACAGCUCAUAGAAGAAAUUGCUAAUGGCUACAGGACAUGUUUACGAUACUUUCUGCCGCCCCAGUGGGUGAUGGAUAAAGAUUCUAUCUCAGGCAUGACUCCGCAAGAACUUGCAUCAUUCCCCCUUGAUGAUUUCUUUGACCAUUAUGAAAAAGGCCUAAGAAAGUUAGUGAACAAUUUCCAGACAGAGGCAACACUCAGGAAACAGGAAUCAGAGGCAGCAAGUACAAAACUGAAAUCUGUACGAAAAAUGAUAGCAAAACUUCUUACAUCAAGUAAUGAGGAAUUUAACAUAGAUCCAGAAUGUGAUGGUGAACAAGUGGAUGAAUUUUUACUGGCAUGUCUACAAGCUAGUAACUCUAAAUCUUCUGCAGAAGGAACAUAGAAUUAUAUAACCAAUGGUUAUAUCACCCUGAAGAUAACAACAGAGAAAUCCUGAAACACCAAUUACCAACAGCUUUGUGAAAAAAAAAUUGUGGCUGUUUUAUCUCUGUAAAUUGUACAUUGAUUGUUGCCAGCCAAUGGUAAUAAUCCUGGAUACUACCAUUUUAUAUGAUCAUUGUUUUACAUGAAUCAUGUAAUUGCUGUUUUACAUAGUUGAGGUGGAUACUGGUGUUAUGGUACCAAAAUACAAUGAUGAUGCAUGAUUUUAAGCAUGAAAUGCUCAUGUUGAGCCUUUAGGAUUGUUGAAUGCCCAUGGUCCAGAUGCCUUCAGUUCACAGUUGGUUUAUUCUCUAGCAUCCAUCUUUCUGUAGCAAUCUUAAUCAACUUGGAUACAGUGUAUAUGACAGUAAGUUCUGGGUCAAGUUAUUGUAUAUUCUCAUGUAUAAUAUGAAUUUUGUUUUAAACUCUAAACAGUUUUAUUUCAACCAUAGCGACCAUAUCACAAAAGUUUUACAUAUAAGCAGGUUUCUCUAAAAUUACUCGGCCUAAUGCUUUCAGACUAUACACAUAUAUUCGGCAUCUUGUAAUGACCUCACUUUGCAGGUCAGUUCAAAGGUGAAGGUUACACUUACAGGCCAAAGGUCACAUACAAGAAUGACUUUGUCUUGAGCAUUUCUUCAUCAUGCAUGGAGGGAUUUUGAUGCUAGUUGCCUCAGUUGUAUAACCUCAUGAGACAGAAUGUCAUGCGCAAGAACCACCAUUGGAGCCAUUAAAUACUCCAGUGACAGUUCUUGACAGAAUUAAAUGUUUUUGGUACACAGGGGUAACAUCAUAAAAUACAGGUACAGUUCGACUUUGGCUACAAACCACCAAUAAUAUAUGUAGUUAUGGCCCCUUCCCAACUUAAAAUUUGUUAAACUCAUGGUUGCUGGACAAUAACUCAAAAAAGGCUUGACAGAUGUAGAUAAAUUUUGGUACACAUGUGUAACAUCAUAAAAUCCAGGUCAGGUUCGAUUUAAAUUGCACCUUCUUGUGGCCAUGUCUUUCUUAUGGUUGCCAUUCUUCUGUGACAAGACCGUAUUGUGGGGGUAUUCGUCACUCCUGUGACAGUUUUAGUUUUUAAUUUAUCAAAAGAAAAUGCUCUCACUACUACUAAAGCAUGCUGCUGUACCCCUACCCUAAGGGUCCUUCAUGGCCAGGGGUUUGGCCCUUGACAUUGUAAAAAAUGUACAGCUUCAAAGUUUGUGUCACAUGUACAGUAGACAUUGUAUUAAACAACAACCCUUAAUAUAUUGGUCUCUUCAUGUAAUUUGCUAAAAUACCAAGUUAUGAAUGUCCCUUUGAACUCCAGUGCAAAAAGAAUUAUUUUAAACUCAUUGAAAUAUAUCAAGUGUAAAAUUUCAAAGUGUCAAUAAGACCAGGUACUGUGUAGCUUUUGACAUCCAUUCUCUAAAUGUAAUAACAUAAAGACAACAAUCUGGUCAGUACAAUAAGAGCUCAGAUUUUCUCCUGCUUUUACUAAAGACAAUCAUUUAUCUCAGAACAGGCAGGUAUACACUGGUAAUGAUUGGUUCUGUAAUUGAAAUAAUAUGCACAAAUUAUAAAAAAGUCUUGUUUGACAACCAUUUUUAGCUCAACUAUUCAUAGAAUAGUAGAGCUAUUGGACUUGCCCAUGCGUCCGCGUCCGCGUCCCGAUUUGGUUAAGUUUUUGUAUGUAAGCUGGUAUCUCAGCAACCACUUGUGGGAAUGGAUUGAAACUUCACACACUUAUUCACUGUGAUAAACUUACUUACAUUGCACAGGUUCCAUAACUCUGUUUUGCUUUUUUACAAAAUUAUGCCCCUUUUUUGACUUAGAAAUUUUUGGUUAAGGUUUUGUAUGUAAGCUGGUAUCUCAGUAACCACUUGUGGGAAUGGAUUGGAACUUCACACACUUAUUUACUGUGAUAAACUGACUUACAUUGCACAGGUUCCAUAACUCUAUUUUGCUUUUUUACAAAAUU